AUGAAGGUAAAUAUUGUAUCAUGGAAUGUUAGGGGGUUAAAUCGUCGAAGGAAGAGAGUUCUGAUAAGAAGUAUGAUGAACAACUGGAAAGCAGAUGUUUUUUGCUUUCAAGAAUCCAAGUUAGAAGUGGAUAUCAGGGAGAUUGUAAAAGAGUUAUGGGCCAAUAGGUGGGAGAAUUUUGUACAAUUAGAAGCUAGUGGGACUAGAGGGGGUAUAGUUGUUCUGUGGGAUAAAAGAGUAUGGGAUGGGGAAAUUAGUAGCUUGGGGUCUCAUACUAUCACAUGGGCCAGGGGUUUAUUUGAUGGACCAUGGGUGGUUUGUGGAGAUUUUAAUACUGUGAGAUUUCCAUCAGAAAAGAAAAACUGCAACAGAAUUACAAGAGGGAUGAAGGAUUUCACUGAUUUUAUUGAAGAUAUGGAACUAGUAGAUAUGCAGUUAGCAGGAGGCAACUAUACAUGGAGAAAAAGUGACAAUCACAAUAUAGCUGCUAGACUGGACAGAUUUCUGGUAUCUGUUGACUGGAAUGAAGGAUUUAGAAACAUCAAACAAUCAAUACUUUAUAGAGUAACCUCAGACUUCUCAGCACUGAUGCUUCAAUGUGGCAACUGGGAUCCAGUCAAAUCUUACUUUAAGGUUGAAAAUUGGUGGCUGCAAACAGAUGGAUUCACAGAUAGAGUUAGAGAUUGGUGGAAUUCCUUUAGUUUUGAAGGAAGUCCUGACUUUAUUUUGGCCUUCAAGCUCAAAGCCUUGAAGGGAAAACUUAAAGAAUGGAGCAAAACUUUACAAGGAAACCCGGAGUUGCAGAAAACAAAUGUCCUUAACCAGCUUGCACAAUUGGAGGAGAUUCAUGACCGGAGGCCUCUGAAUGAAGAGGAAAUUUAUGCAAAAACUGCCCUAGCUAUGGAGUUUGAGGACAUCGCAAAGCAUGAGGAGCUGGUAGUACAGGGGGAGUUGAUACAGAAUCCUGGUGAUAUCAAGAAAGAGAUUGUCACCUUCUAUCAAAAGUUAUAUUCUGAAGAAGAGGUUUGGAGACCACAAGUGGUGAACGAGGAAGUAAUAGCUGCAAUUCAAAACCUCUAUGAUCAGGGUAUUUUUGAAAAGAGUUUCAAUGCCACCUUUGUGGCAUUGAUUCCAAAGAAGGGGGGAGCCAGGGAACUGAAAGACUUCAGGCCUAUCAGCUUGAUAGGUAGCAUCUAUAAAAUCAUCUCCAAGUUAUUGAUAGAGAGACUUAAGAAAGUAGUGAAUAAGCUGGUGGAUGCUCAACAGAUGGCUUUCAUUAAAGGUAGGCAAAUAAUGGAUGCCAUUUUAAUUGCCAACGAAUGUGUGGAUGCAAGGAUAUUAAGCAAGAAGCCUGGCAUCUUAUGCAAAUUGGACAUUAAAAAGGCUUAUGUUCAUUUGAAUUGGAACUUUCUGCUUGACACCAUGAGGAAGUUGGGUUUUGGUGGUAGGUGGGUUCAUUGGAUUAAGUUUUGCAUCAGCACAGUAAGAUUCUCAAUUCUAAUUAAUGGAACACCAGCUGGCUUCUUUCCUUCGCAAAGGGGCCUAAGGCAGGGUGACCCACUGUCUCCUUUUUAUUCAUCAUUGCUAUAG